AUGGGUGGUUUCCUUUUUGGUUGGGAUACUGGUCAAAUUUCGGACUUGAUGAUCAUGACUGACUUUACGCAACGCUUCGCUCAGUACCCUGACCCGGAAGGCCCAGGCAAACUGUGGAACUCGUGGAUCAAUGGUCUAGUGGUCGCUCUGUUUAGUGCUGGUGCUAUCGCGGGCGCAAUUUUUGGUGCUCCGUUCAAUGACCGUUUCGGCCGCCGUAUUAGCAUUGUCCUGGGUUGCAUUGUUUUCACUAUCGGCAUUAUUGUUCAAGUUGCCUCCCAGCAUGGAUGGGUACAAAUGGGUGUCGGUCGUUGUAUUGUUGGUUUCUCGGUCGGCUGGCUCAGUUCGGCUGUCCCGACGUACCAGGCUGAGACUGUGCCCCGUCAAGUUCGUGGUGCGUUGGUCGGCACCUACCAGUUCUUUAUUACAAUUGGUAUCCUUCUUUCAUACUGUGCCUGCUAUGGUACUCGUAACUACUACCAGACGGCCCAAUGGCGUAUUCCCAUUGCUAUCGGUUUCGCGUGGGGCUUGAUUCUUGGUGUAGGUAUUAUGUUCUGCCCUGAAUCCCCUCGUUGGUUGGCCAAGCGUGGUCGCUACGACGAAAUGCGCAAAGUCUUGGCCAAGAUGCGUGGUGUUGAUGAAAGUGAUAGCUUCGUUGUCACAGAGUACUAUGAGAUCAAGCAGGAGGUUGAGGAAGAGCUGGCUAUGAGGAAACUUGGCUGGCUGGACUGUUUCAAGAUGGAGCAGAAGGCUCUCAACCGUACUUUGCUUGGAUACGUCUUGCAGAUGGGUCAGCAACUUACGGGUGCGAACUACUUCUUCUACUUUGGUGCCACUGUGUUCAAGCCCGUGCAUGUUAUGGGUGAUGACCCAGUUAUGAACUCGUACAUUUCGCAGAUCAUUCUUGGUGUUGUAAAUGUGUUCUGCACCAUCCCUGGUCUGAUUGCUUUGGACCGUCUUGGUCGUCGUUUCUGCCUUUUGUGGGGUGCUGCCUGGAUGGCCCUAUGGCUGUUGAUUUUCGCAUCAGUCGGUGCAGUUUACAGUGGCCCGAACGGUAAUAUCCACGACAGCCAGAUUGGCAUUCUUAUGAUUUGCUGUACGUGCUUCUUCAUUCUCGGUUUCGCUAGCACCUGGGGUCCUGGUAUUUGGGCGGCUAUUACCGAGAUCACGGUCCCUGAGCUACGUGCCAAGCAGAUGGCUAUUGCCACCAUGAGCAACUGGACGUGGAACUUCCUUCUCGCCUUCUUCACCACCCCGAUUACAAGGAACAUUCAUUACUACUACGGUUAUGUCUUCUUCGGUUGUUGCAUUGCUAACUUCAUUAUUGUGUAUUUAUUCUUGUACGAGACUUCGAACCUGGAUUUAGAGAAUGUGCAGGUUAUGUACAUGGACCCCAAGGUAAAGCCCUGGAAUUCGCGCAAGUGGGUUCCUCCUGGCUACACAAGCCGACGUGAAGUUGCCAAGGAACUGUCCGAACUUCAGCCGCACCUUGAGACGGUGCACCGCGAAAAAAGCAACAAUGUAACUCUGGGCACUACGGAGUACGCGGAAGCCUAA